AUGUCAUCAUCGUCGUCUUUGAUAGAUCUACCACGAGAAGUAAUUUAUUUAAUUUUUCAAUAUCUUAAUAAAGAACAUAUUGCUUAUGCAUUCUUUGGAUUAAAUAAAUAUUUUACAUCAGCUGUAAAAUAUUUUAUUGGUCAAGAACUUAAUUUAACAAAAGUUCAUAAUGAAAAAAUAUUUCAAUUUUGUUUAUCAAUUCUUUUACCAUCAAUUGGAUGUAAUCUUCAAUGUUUAUCAAUUGGUUAUCCAUAUACAUUAUCAACAUAUAUUAAAUAUAUUCAAAAUUAUUGUUCUAAUUUGGAUAUACUUAAUAUUUAUUGUUAUUCAGAUAUAGAAGAUAUACGUUCUUAUGUAACUUAUUUAAUACAUCAACAAUUAAUGUCAUUUAUUUUAAUGUAUAAUAAUAAAAUUAUUGGUGAAGAAUUAAGUAUUCGUUUAAUUAAUAACUAUGAAGAUGAAGAAUAUCGUGCUAUACCAUUAACAUCUUUUCUUAUUUUAAAUUUAUCAUCUAUGAAUGAUUUAAUUUUAUUAAAACGAUUUUCUGAAAGUAGUUAUUUAUCGAAUGGUUUAUAUAUGAUUGAAUGUUUAUCAACUGGUGAAUGGUUUACAGAUGGUAAAGACGAUUUAUGUAUUAUGUCGAAAAAACUUCAUCGUGAUAGUAUUUUUUCUAUUAAACAAAUUGAUGUUGAUCGAUGUUCUCGAGAAUAUGAAUUAUAUAAUGAAGGAACUCAACGUCGUUUAACAGUUUUAAUACCAUAUGAAGAAGGAGAACGUUGGAUAUCUUCAUCAAUUCUUUCGACACAUCGAAAAGAAUCUUCACAUACAUGUUCAAGUUUUACAUUUGAAAAAAUUGGAAAUGAUAAUCAAUUUUAUAUUCGACCAUGUUAUGCAAAUGCUAGACGACUUCAAGUAUCUGGUAAACGAAUUAUUGUAUCUUUGUGUGAUAAUCAAAAUACAUUAAAUCAUUGUUUUAGACUUAAUUAUAUAUCAUAA